GUAAGGUAAGAUCGUACACGGUGGUCGUUUCAAAUGGAUAAGCAGCGUAAGUCGAAGCAUCCCAAGACCAAUGCUUAUGCCACCACUGUUACCUCUUCUUCUGAAGAAGUGAGCAGUAUUGAAUGGGAAGAAAUAGCAAUGACAAAAGAAGAAGAAGAUUUGAUCAGCAGAAUGUAUAAGCUUGUCGGCGAAAGGUGGGAUUUAAUAGCUGGGAGGAUUCCAGGAAGAACAGCACAAGUGAUUGAGAGGUAUUGGGUCAUGAAGAAUCAUCGAAGUGCUUGAUUACGUUGUUUGAGAUUUUUAUAUCAUUUUUUAUAAUAAUGAAAUACAAAUACGUGUAUCCUCUAAUCGUUGGUAAUUCUGCAGUUUUGUUCUUGUAUUUGGAGUUGUAUCUCGGGAUUUAAUA